GUGGGGGCGGAGUUUAAGCGCCCGGGGAGGCAUGGUCGACACGAUGGUCUCUCGCUGCUCGUCUCUGCAACUCUGUGUAUUAAUAUGGUGUUUGUGGAGCACGUGGGCCUCCAAGCUCAACGUGCCUCGGGUCCUCCUGCCCUACAACCAUGAGAUACCCUCCAACUUCACCCUCAAGGUGUUCGAGGGCGGGUGUUACAAGUGGUCAUGUUCAAGAAGUGAAGUGGUGUUGCUCUCAGAAGUUAUUGAAGAUGACUGUGCAAAUGAAGUACAGGUGUCUGCAAUCAGCCGGUCUCCGUCGAGACAAACAGCAAUCAUAUUGGCACAAGACACGGGAAGUGGGGGAGUUUUGCGUUGUGAUGUUCUCGUAGACACUAUUCACCGCUUGGAGAUAGUCACCACAACAAGGGAACUAUAUGUAGAAGAAGCUCCAGAGGAAUUUGAAGUUCGUGCUUAUGAUGACCAAGGCAAUGAAUUUACUACAUUGGAGGGCAUUGAAAUGAUAUGGGAUCUUCAGACCUUGGCUGAUCGUGGGUCUCUAGUGGCUGCACAGACAGUUCUCCGAUUCAUGACAUUUAAGGAGUCGCCAUAUGAGAUGCCACCCUCUAUUGCUCCUCUUGAAGAGAGUGGACGCAUGGGAUACAUGGUUCUCAUUGAAGGAAGACAGACGGGCUCAGCCAGGCUCUCAGUUAGGGUUGCUCAUCAUGCGUAUAAGCACCUUGCUCCUGCUUCAGUGGACCUCAUGGUUGUAGCCAAUCUUCUCCUUGACCCAGCAGAUGUAUAUGUCUUGCCCCACACUGCUGUAGAGUACACAGUGUUCCAGAUCAAACAAGGACACUUGUCAAUCAUUGAUUUACCAGGAUCACAGUUUUACUUGCAAACUGCAGAUACAAACAUUGCCGAACUCAACAAGGAUGGCAUCAGCAUCACAGCCAAAAGUCUAGGCACUACUCAGGUGAUUCUGAAAGACAACAAUGUGAUCGCCGAGCUGGUGAAGCAGCCUACGGCCACAGUACAUGUUGUGCAUCCAUCGUAUCUUAUCAUCUCUAUUGAGCCCCACAACAACCCAGCGCUUACUCUUGGAAAGAAUUAUGCUUUUAUUGUUAAUGUUUUUGACAAACAGGAUAACAAAAUCUAUCUGGCUGAAAAUAUUGUGAUUGAAACUACAGUGUCAUCCGAGUAUUUUACUUCAGAAUAUGUGUCAAAGAAUGGCUCGUAUGUAUAUGGUGUACCUAUCAAGACUGGAAAAACUAAAAUUCACGCUACUUUGUCAGCAGUGCAAGUGGGUAAGACUAUAUUGGAGAUCACUCCACCCUUGAAGACCAGUCAAGAUAUAAACAUAUUUGAUCCCAUUACAGUCAUACCUCCACGCACAGUUUUGCCCUGGGAUCCAAUCACAAAGCCACUCUAUGCUCUUAAUUUAACAGCUGUUGGUGGUUCAGGCAGUGUGAUGUGGAGGUCUAGCAACACAGACGUUGUUGGAGUGUCACAGAUGGGUGUGUGCAAGACGAAGGGCCAUGGCUCGGUCUCGGUUACUGCAUCCAUGGUAUUAAACCCUCAUAACAAAGAUGCCGCUGAGAUUCACAUUGUAGAGGCCAUAGGCUUAACUCUACUAGAAAGUGUUGUAGAGGUAGAAAUUGAGGAAAAGCUGCCGCUACAUGUUGCCUCUUUUACCCAGUGGGAUAACAUCCAGGUGCCCUUCACAGUGUGCCAUCAAUUGCCUCUGAAAGUAGAGCCCAUUGAGCUGACAUUCAUUGCUUUGCCAGAUGUGAGGACCCCUUCUGUUGAAGGUUCUUGUGCAGUUGUUGAAGUUGUAGGAAAGGCCCCCGGGUUUUCUUCAGUGAAGGUUUCUUACCGAAGUUCUAAAGGCGAACUUGUUGCAUCAACUAUGGUUGCAGCGUUCAGGCCUCUCCGUCCCCUGAACCCAUCGUCUGGAAGGACAGUGUUGGCUCCAGGGUCAUCAAGGAUAGUGCUGUUUGAAGGUGGACCUUUACCUUGGGUAAAUAAGCGCUCCUCUCACACUGCUCAAGUCAAGAUUGACAACCCAGAAAAAGUAAGAGUGAAACUUCUUGGUGAAGUUAAGAAGCAUUCCGAUAUACACGGUGUGGAGGUUUUGUGCCGCGGUCUUGGCGAGUUCACACUCACUCUUACUGUUGGCAAUGUUCCAUCCCCAACCCUCCCUCAUCCUCGAAGUGUUAGUUCUACUCUAGAAGUUGUGUGUGCUUUACCAGAUGCAAUUAGUUUGGCAGCCAUCAUCAAGAGACCUGUUGCUGCUCUGUCAUCUUGUCCAGCUGUAGCAGAGACUGGAGUGACUGUUGCUCACUGUUAUAAGCCCCUUCUGAUGGAGGUGAUUGUCACCGACUCUGAAAAUCGUAAAUUUGAUAACAUUUCAUCGCUGGUCUUCAAAUGGAGUGUUUCGAACGAGUCGUUGGCAGUUAUACCCGACGAGCCUUCCAGCCUCACUCAGGUCAUUACUGUUGAAAGCUUCAGUCUUCCUUUGAAAACUCAUCAGAUGCUGACUCCAACUGGUGAAGUUGGGGAAGUGGUAGUGGGUGUGAAACUCGCUGGUUUCAACAAGGUUGCAUCAAAAGAAGCCAGCCAACACACCCUGCCUCUCCUCUCAGCUUCUUUGCCACUCAAGCUUGUUCAAGAUGCUGUCCUGAGGCCAUCGUCUGCCAUUCUGUACCAACAUAAAGAUAACAAGUUGGAUUUAAUAGUGACUGGUGGUUCAGGAUUCUUUGAGCUUCAGACUAAAGAAAAUGAUGUGGCUUCCCUUGACUAUGUGGAUAAGGACAGGAUGGUCAAUGUUUACCCUGUGUCAGAUGGAGAGCUGAUAGUUGCUCUUGUAGAUGUAUGUUUACAAGCAGAGAGCCCUGCUACUUCACAUGUUAAGAUUGCCAGUAUUGCUUCUCUUGACUUGGUGAUGGUGGAUCGAGUGGAACUUGGUGGCGUGUUAAAGGCUGAAGUGUUGGCAAAAGACACAUCAGGCCACUCACUGCCUGCGCAUGACCUUAUGAAUCUUGUACCUCAUCCACAAGCAAAUAUCAUUACAGCAAGAUAUCAAGGAGCAAAUAAUAAAGGUAACGCCGUGUAUGAGGUUACCGGUCGACACGUAGGAGACACAACGCUGCGUGUGAGUGCCGGUAAUGGUGGCUUGGGUGAAGCUCUGAUAUACAGCCCAGCUAAACCUAUACAAGUGUUUCCACCACUAGUAUUGCAACCUCGGAAUAUUACUCUCAUCAUUGGUGCUGUUUACCAGGUGGAAACAAACGGUGGGCCGUACCCAGAUGCGAGUGUGGAAUAUUCGGUGACUAAUGAAACGAUUGCCAGCACAUCACAUGCUGGAGUAGUGACUGCGCUCUCUCUGGGCACAACAGUGUUGACUGCUCAAGCUGUCAGUGUUGGCAAAGAAACUGGUCAUAAGAUUGUUUAUUCACAAGAUACGGUGAUUGUCAACGUAAUUCCUUUUGAGAAAAUUCGUAUCUAUGCUCCACUGACGCAUCUAGAAACUGGCACAACGAUGCCAGUGUAUGCCCUUGGUAGUGAGGACCAUCAGAAUCCUCUAGCAUAUGCUACAGCUGGUCCUCCUUUGGUCUUUGAGUGGUCCAUUAACAACAAACAAAUUGCUUCAUUCAUUGGAGUGUAUGACAAGAAUGGACUUCAAGAAACUAAGGAAAAUAAUGGUAUUGUAAGACUGAAAGCGGAGCGACCAGGACGAAUCUCGGUGACACUUAAAGUAAAACCUGGCGUUCCUGCGAGCCACCCGGACUUCCAGAUUAUAAAUAAUGCUGUUCUCACAGACACGCUAGAAAUCAAGGUAUUUGAAUCAUUAAAAUUGAAGUAUCCUGGUGAUGGAUCAUCGCAGCUGCUGUUAUCUCCUCAUGCUGAGGCCAAGAUAACCACUAACAGAGAUGUUGUUCAGCAUGCUAUGUGGGGCGUUAAGGAGACACGUCAACAUAAUGAUGCUCCUCCAGCAGGGUGGCUAAGAGAUGGUGAUGGACAAGUGUCGUAUAGGAUAGAUAAAUGUAAUGGAAGUGAAGGGAAGACCCCUGAGGUGAUUACUGUAGGCCAUGAUGGCAUUGUUAAAUCAGGAAGCAAUACCGGCCAGGCAACAGUUAUAGUGACCAUUGAGGAGAACUAUGGAGUUUCACAGAGUUUAUCAGUCUUGGUGGAGGUUAAGAAGGUUAGUUACAUGCAAGCUGAAGUAGAACGCUUCAUGAGUGUAACCUCAGGAGAAUUAGUCAAAGAUCUUCCCGUUGGGGCAAAAAUGCAACUUUAUCUUUCAUACCACGAUAACCGAGGACGAGUUUUUCAUGCAACAAAUUCAAAGUCAGCUUUUAGAUCAUCAAGAUUUGAUCUUGUUGGUGUCAGUCAUGGAAAAAGCAAUGACUCGCUACUGGUAGAUGUACGAGGCUCCGGACAUACCGUGCUGCACAUGUGGGAUGAAAACAAUGACCUCAUUCGUGACUACCUACACAUCAUUGCUGGUCCUGUGAUAGCUCCUGACAGGGCCGUUUUACCUCUUGGCAGCCAUGUUUGUAUGUCUUCACAUAUUAGAGGAGUGGACGGAUCACCAGGAACAUGGUCAGCAAGUGGGGAUAUUCUCACACCAGAUCCUGUUUCCGGAGUAGCGUCAAGUCACCAGAUUGGCCGCACCUCUGUGUCGUAUGAAGUAAACUCGGCACUGACGAUGACAACCGAAGUCAACGUUUUACCAAUUAACCAAAUCACUGUUGUUAGUCCUCCAGUGGCUUUAGUGAAUGGACACCAAGGUGACUUUGAAAUGGCAAUGGUUAUGUUGGAAGCAGAGGGAAGUACAUCUUCUGGCUGCCUCCCAGUCGAUCCUCCAGCAAGUUCUCCUCCAUUUACUUGUGUUGUAGCUUUCUUCCCACCCCAUCCUGAGGUUGAUACGAAGAAUGUCUUGGAUGCAACAGCUGUUUAUGUACCAGAGAAAGGUUAUGCUUGCAAGAUCAGCUCACUUGUUGGCCCGUCAUCCAAUUUAGCAACACUGGACUCGACAGUAAUUAUUGAAGCCGUUGUAGUUGGCAGAGGUCAGCAAGGAGAGGUGCGGUCUGGAGAAAUAGCAGUUCCUUUCUACCCCUCACCCGUCAGUGACAUUUCUGAAGUAAAACUCACGAAUGAAAAGUCGUCUUCAACUGUCCUCUUAGAAGGAACAGCAGAGGUCCUUGAUAAGCUGCAGGUGCUUGCAUGUGGUGUUAAUGGUAUGGAGGUGUCCUUGGGGUAUGUGAAAGACAACACGAGACCCUUGAUCAUCUCCUCCAAAAACUCUCUGUGGACUUCAGAAUUACCAGCGUCACCAUUCGUGGUGUCUGUGAAUUCACCUCUCACUAAGAAUACCAUUGAUGUCACAGUAGAGUUGGAGCAAGUGGGAGAUGGAACGUGUGCUGUGCCAAGAGUAGACCUGGGAAUCGUCAGUCUUAUUGUGGCUGUAAUCACUAACUAUGACAGGUUUCUUGUUAGCGCUGGCUGCCUGAUCCUUACAGUAGCGUGCAUCCUAAUCGGCUAUCAUGCUCUCUUUGGCCCUGGGUACAAGCAGACGCAACAGAAGGGUGUGUUUGCCAAUUCACCUGCACCUCCCCCCUCUAUGUCGUCAUUCUCCCCAGUAGUUUCAAGUUCACCUGGAAGUGGGGGCAGUGAACCUGUCAACAAGCGUCUUAACUACUCGUCUCCAUCGCCGCAGAGAAUUAAUCUGUGGAGUGUCAACUCGGAUCCAAUUUAUGGUGCGCCUCCAUAUAGAAGAGGAGCCUAUGAAGGCUCUCCCACUUAUGGUGGUUCACCUAAGUGAGUCUGGUGUUAACAGUGAUAAUACAUCUUUGUUCCCAACAAGUGGGAUUGAAUACUGUCAGUUUCAUUGUGUUGUCCCUGUGUUCUAGCCUCUAGGCUGUUUUAAGCCUUAUAUUGUUGAAAUUGACUUUAUGAAGCAUGUUCGUACAGUUUCUGAUGCUCAAAAAUCGUGAAAUAUAAGAUGCGAGUUUAAACUUGUGGAAAAAUAGGGGUUGACGAGUCAUUUUUGACUUGUGAACCUAACUUAAUUUAUUAGCCCCAACCAUGAGACUAUUUUGACAUAGGGAGCAUGUAGAGCAAAUGGUGCACUUUUGGCUGGUGUAUGCACACCUGGAUAUUUAAUGUAACGUACCUGAUACUCAACCAGGUAAGGAAUUUACACUAUGGCUAGCGCUCCUUGCGUACGAGUGACAUCCCACAUGAAGUGGGAGGACAUCACAUUGCCUCAAGGUGUUUUACAUAAAAAGUGCUCCGAUUCCUCUUUCCACACAUGUAAAUAGUGAAAAAAGUAUUCAGUAAAAAAAAAAAAAAAGAUUGUACUAAAGAAAUACCUGUAUAGAUAAUAUAAAUUUUCAUUUUGAUUUACUCUACUGUACAUAAUAUUGAUACUCAACUCCAUACAUCACUUGAAAAAGGAAUUCAUUUCGAAACGUGUUGAAUCCGGCACGUUGUAAGUGCACGGUAAGCUUAGGCUGUAUGCUAGUGUGACAGCUUGAUACCAUGCUUGGUUACUCAAGUAUAUUUUUAAUUUAGCAGUUGUAAAAGGUUAUGUAUAAGCAUUUAAAAAACAUCCUUUUUAAAUCCAAGACCACAAUAAUCAUAUUUCAUGAACAUAAACCAUGGAAGACAAUUAGGACAUUUCUUAGGCGCUUUCAUUUAUUACAUAUUUAGAUGCUAUGUACACACACACACACACACACACACAAUGCAUGCAGACGAUGAGUCACAAUAACGUGCCUGAAGAUAUGAUGACCAAACCACACAUCAGAAGAUGAAGAAAUGACAACAUUUCGGUCCAUCCUGAAUCAUCGUCAACACACUACUUGAUAAUGGUCCACGACGGACCAAAACAUUGUCAUUUCUUCAUAUUGUGUUGUGUUGCUUGGUCAUCAUACAUCGUGCAUGUUGUACUGAUGUCAUUGUUUUGUUGCAAUAUUUGUUAAACUCGUUAAACUGGAAUUUAAAAGCUUCCAGUUAUUGUCUAUUUAGAAUGUAACAAACACAGGAAUUAAAUCUGGUAUUUCUGGCCCAGCUGAGUAAGCAAGCACGAGAUGCUUAUUGGAACUUGUAGCAGUAUGAGGCAAAUUACAAUUCUCAGGUACUUGAGGAAUUUAUGUACUAUUUGAUUCCUCACUGUCUUAUGCUAACAUUUCCAUAUUCAGUUAAGUCUUUGUACUUAAUACGUGUAAUGAAGAAAAUGAUAGUGCUGAGCAGGGUUGUCACUAUUCAGCCACACAUCGCAAGCAAUAUAACAGCAUUGCUUUCACAUUGAACAUUAAAAGUUUGGGUUGACCAGUAUCAUAUCUAGGCAUGGCAAGUGUGUUUGUAGUAGAGGUUGUAAUAGCUUGCAGAACCUAUGUUGAAAUGCAUAUAUACACACACACACCCCAUAAAGAAUCAGUUGUAUAAUUUUGUCAGCACUACAAGGAAUACAAUAACAAAAAGAAGAAUGAUAAAGCAAGUAGAGGUAGCAAUAUGUUGUAUAUCUUAUGGUAAUUGAGUAAACAGGUGCAAGUGAGUUUCCAGGGUAAUGAUCUCGGGUCAUAAAUGUCUCAACAUAAGCAUGAUUUUAGAACCUCUAAUAUAAACAAUGCACUUAAACAGCAGGCACACUACUGCUUGUAUUGCCAAGCUUGAAUCAAAAUAAUGAUUUCUUUGUAUUAACCAAAACACUUGUUCAGUUGUUGGUGAUAAUCCUCUAUAGCAGGCAUUGUUCAGCAGUGUAUUGUAGGCACAUCAGCAAAAUAUUAAAUAAAUGAAGGUACCUUUUCUGCAUUUUAUACUGUUUCAAUUUUGAUAAAACAUCUACCUGAAUAUUAUUACUCUUCACUGCCAGAAUAGCACUUACUUCAUGGAAGAGGUUCUCCCAAUAUGGAAAAUGUGUUUUACGCUUACUUAGAUUCUCAAGCUUCCUGGAAGCUACUGCUCAUGAUGGGUGAAGACCAAGAGAUGCGUUGUGGAUAAUUUAUCAUUUUAGACUCGUUUCUAAAUAGAUUUCCAAUAAAGUUAAUUGAAAUAGAAAACAAAGAUAAGAGAUUAGUACAUAUUGAGGAAUAUGUCUAAUAAAUUGGUGUGACAGACCUAGCUUGCCAGACCCCUAGCUGUAACAGCUGGAGUUCCUAAUAGCUCUCAACAGUUAUAAAUACCUUUACAAAAUUAAGGCAAAUUUAAUUAACCUUAAAAUUCUGAUAAAAAUACUUUUAUGAAAUAUUUAGAUUGCUUCAAUGUGUUCAAAUUUAUUAUCACCGUACUGUAUUCAGUAUAGAUACAUAAAUGUUCACUUUUUAUGUAAAAAGUUACAAUUUCUGUAUGCUGCUUUAACUGCUUAUUUUUUAAUGCUUUUUAUGUGGUGGGCAAUGGAAGAGGAUAAACCCUUAAACACAAAUUCCUAUUUUUGGUCUUAUAUGUUUAUACAGUAAUAAAGAAUUUUUUAUA